AUGGAAGUAACGUUUUUUAUUAAACCUCGGAAUGUGGAUAAUUAUGGGAACAUACAUGGAACUCAUAACGGAAAACUUUUGGAGACUAAGGUCGGAACAUGGAACGUCAUAAUCCUCUAUAAAGCAGGAGUUUUAAAAAAUAUUGUGGAAGAAGUUGAAAAAUACAAAGUACCAAUAGUCGCAAUACAAGAAACUCGGUGGCUUGGAAAUAAAAAUGUGCAAUCUGGGAACUCGACUAUCUUCUUUAGUGGUAAAGAGAUAAGAAGACACGAACAAGGAGUAGGCUUCAUAAUUAAGGAUGAGGAAAUGAAAAAUAUUUUCUACGAAGAUCUAGAGAGACUAUUUGAUUUUCUACCAAACAACUGCAUCAAAAUGGUAUCUGGUGACUUUAAUGCGCAAGUUGAUAAAGACAAUUCUCUUAGAUCAACUAUAGGCCAAGAAAGCUGGCACCUGCAAUCCAACGAUAAUGGGCUUUGA